AUGACUGGACUUGACGAGCAAUAUGCACAGGGCGCACCUGCGAAAAGGCCUAGCAUCUUGUAUACCUCGGAGCAUGAUUUCGUAGAUCGAAAUGUGCCACCACCCGAUCAACGUCCACCUGCAUUGGGAUACAUGUCUCUUCCGGAGCCUCGCGCAGAGCUCUCCCACAACUUCUCCCAGGACCCACAUCACUCUGUGGAUAGAUGGACGGAGAGAGUCUCGAAUGGAAAAACUCUCAGUCUGCGCACCAUGACGAAUACCACCUCGAUGCCUGAUUACAGCUAUCUCGAACGCGCCAUCACGGAUUCACCGGCUCAAAGAGCGCAAUCGGUUCAUUCCAUUGGGGCUCUUUCGUCUUCGAUGUACCCUCCACCACGUCCUGAGGACACAACGGAGGACGCGGCUUCCCCACCUAGGAGUGAUAGACUUCUCCCUUCAUUCCAUCAGUUGAGCAAGAUAGCCGACAGUGCAACAGAGUCAAUUGAUACAAGAACAACCGGACUGCCAGCUCUCACCGCGUAUGCCACUCAAAUCGUUGCACAGAAUGCGGCAGCUUCCCACGCACACUUCCCUCAAUCACAGCAAUCCAGUCCGUCUACUAACUUCAUGAUGCUUGGUCACCCAUCACCUACGAACACCCGGACUGACGGCCAUGAACCUUAUGCGCACUCACAUUCGCCAGCUUCGUUUUCUGUACCACACCACGGCAAUUCCAGGCGCACAUCAGGUCAGCCCGUCAGACCUCCACCAUUCAUAUCCUCUAUGACUUCGUCUUCUAUGGGAACUGCAUCAUCUACGGAUACCACGAGCAGUCUGCAGAGCCACCAGAGCUUAGGGACUGGAGGUCACAGCACCAGCCAUACCACUCCGAUCGGAUCUACCCAGUCCUCUUUAGAUGGUACACCACAUUCUUCAGUGCCACGUUUGCAAAGCUCGACAUCGGCAGUUGGAGGCUUCCUUUGCGACCAUCCCGGUUGCGCUGCUCCACCUUUUCAGACCCAAUAUCUCCUCAAUUCCCACGCGAACGUUCACAGCUCAAGUCGUCCACACUACUGCCCAGUCAAAGGCUGUCCUAGAGGCGAAGGAGGCAAGGGUUUCAAACGCAAGAACGAAAUGAUUCGACACGGACUGGUCCACGAUAGUCCUGGUUAUGUGUGCCCGUUCUGUCCUUUGCGCGAACACAGAUACCCUCGACCGGACAAUCUUCAGAGGCAUGUUCGUGUCCACCAUGUGGACAAAGAUAAGGACGAUCCUUUGCUUCGAGAGGUUCUGGCCCAGCGACCUGAAGGCGGCGGCCGAGGACGCCGUCGGCGUGCAGGCCCCGCUUGA